AUGGAAAUCUUUGAAAGAGUCUAUCGUAACUUAAUGAGAAAAUUAAAUGAACUACCUGUAACUGUUAAUAAAACUGUUGACAUUGUUAAUAAAUCACUUAAUAAUGUAAGAGUACCUCCAUUAACAAGAGAUAAUGUACUUUAUUAUUAUAUGCCCAUGCAAGGGCUUGUUAGUUACACAACAUUAUCAGUGAGUGUUAUGAACCCACAUCUAAUGGUCAGAUUAUUUCCUCGUCGAGAUAUCACAGACAUCCUCUUCUUGUCAGCGGGUGGUGGAGCUGGGCUUUGGCUCUGGUCUAGACCUCAUGUAGCUGCAGCAGCACCAGCUAGACGGUUUUCUUGGGCGUUUUUAGGUGGUUGUCUUUGGCCACUAGGAUCAAUAUUUCUAUGGGCAAUUCUAAGAAGUUCUAUUGGCCAAAGACCUGUUAUUGGUACUAUUGUUGGUGUGUCAACAGGAGCAAUGCUCACCAAUAUAGCAGUUGACUAUUUCCAAUAUAUAGAACUCAUGUUUUGUGGUGAGAUUCGGUUACCUGACGAAACAUACAGUCCAAAUAGUGAUGAUGAGAAAUAUGAUAUUGAUCUGUAA